CUGUCAGUGCAACAUGUGAACUGCCAAUAGUGGAGGAAACCGUAUACAACACUGAGUGGAUUUCUUAGUCGCCGCUUACUUUGACCAGCCACUCUUUAUCGUAAUAAAACGAGCUCCACUUUCUUGUUAAUUACCGCUCAUUGCUUUUCCUAGUUAAGCUCUGAAGGACCUUGCUGAACAACGACUAUCAUCACCAUCACCAUCACCAUCAGAAAGAGAAGUAGCCAGACCGACAGCCGCUCAGCUGAAGCGUUUAAUAACAGAAGGAAACAACUGCGGCGCAGUGCGUGUGAAUUAAAAACGUCGAUUAUGGAGAAGUUACCAACUCAAUUUUAGGAUCAUUUCCAGACGAGAGAAAAGUGCUCAAAUCCAUCGGGAUGGUUGAAGAGUUAUAUCAAGGAAAGUAAUCACACUCCUCAGUAAGGCACUAAUGGAGAAUGAGACCAUCCCUUUGGGCUACGUCCCACAUUAUCUUCUUCGAGGAGAUCCCUUUGCUUCCAAGCUGUCCAAGGAGGCAGACAUAGUGGCGGCGUUCUACAUCCUUAUCAUCGGUAUCUUGUCAGCCACUGGAAAUGGUUAUGUCAUAUAUAUGACCAUCAAACGGAAGAGCAAGUUAAAGCCACCAGAGUUCAUGAUGCUGAAUCUAGCCGUGUUUGACUUUGGCGUAUCAGUCACUGGAAAGCCAUUCUUCAUAGUGUCUAGUUUUUCCCAUCGCUGGCUGUUUGGCUGGCAGGGCUGCCGCUACUACGGCUGGGCCGGCUUUUUCUUCGGAUGCGGAAGUCUCAUUACUAUGACGAUUGUCAGCUUAGACCGCUACUUGAAGAUCUGUCAUUUAAAAUAUGGUGCGUGGUUCAAAAGGCAUCAUGCCUUUCUCUCUGUGGUUUUUACAUGGAUCUACGCUGCCUUCUGGGCCACCAUGCCAGUGGUGGGCUGGGGUAACUAUGCACCUGAGCCGUUUGGCACCUCCUGCACGCUGGACUGGUGGCUGGCCCAGGCCUCGGUGUCUGGCCAGUGCUUUGUUAUGUGCAUGCUCUUCUUCUGCCUCAUCUUCCCCACCUGCAUCAUUGUCUUCUCCUAUGUCAUGAUCAUCUUCAAGGUGAAAUCCUCAGCCAAAGAAGUCUCUCAUUUCGACACACGGAACAAGAACAACCACGUCCUGGAGAUGAAGUUGACAAAGGUGGUGAUGUUGAUCUGCGCAGGGUUUUUAAUAGCUUGGAUCCCUUAUGCUGUGGUAUCAGUGGUGUCUGCUUUUGGAGAGCCUGAUUCAGUGCCUAUCCCAGUCUCUGUUGUGCCAACUUUGCUGGCCAAGUCCUCUGCUAUGUACAAUCCAAUCAUAUAUCAAGUCAUUGACUGUAAGAAGAACUGUGCAAAAUCAUCCUGCUUUCAAGCUUGGAGUAAAAAGAAACACUACAAGACAUCAAGGUUUUACUCCAUCUCUGCCUCCCAGAAACAGAGACCAGCCAAUGAAGUUCCAGUUGAGAUAUGAGGAAAUGACAGGAACUCACAGUGGGCCUGUGAUAGGACACUGGGCAAUUUGUUAUUGUGCAAUUUAGACAUCAACAGUUCACACCCGCCUAACUAUGCUGUUGUGUCCUACUGCCGUCAACUUCACAUACUCUGCAAACACAUCUCUUAAGUUGAUCUGUGUGUGUAUAAAAUAAUUAAGUGGUAAAUAUGAUGUAUUUUUAUAUAUUUUUUUUAUUUGUGUGUAUUCUAUUCCAGCAUUCUCAGAACCACAAUGUUUAAAUCAUCUGCUUGAAGUCUAAAGUGACAUCGCUUUUCAACAAGUCUGUGUUCAGUUUAUUGUAUCUUAUUGAAACCGGUCACACACACAUAUCUAUACAACAGCAUGGUCACAGAUAAACAACAAUAUAUAGAUAUAGCUAUAUACAGUAUACACAACAUGAGUGCAUAAUAUUAUUAUUAUUAUUUAUCAAAUUAAAUGUGCACUGAUUGAGACUAUUGAAUUUCGUUUACAUUAUUAUAACAGACGUAUCAUGAUAGUUUCAGGGCAUGUGCAAUGAUUAUAUACUUACAUCAGCAAUUU